AUGCUCGCGCCCACGUCUGACUAUGGCUACACCCCGUCGCCCUCCAUGGGCUACGACCUGCAUCACUUGCACAGUGGCGAGCGUCCCAAGCUCUUUGUGCAGCCACCUAACCCCACUGGCGUCGACGCGUACGGCCACAUGUUGGUGCACCACACAACGCCACACCAACACCACACCCUGACACCUCAGCACGCCCUGUCACAACAACAGGCCCUGACACCUCAACACGCCCUCACUGAGUCCGAGCCGUUAUUGAUGAACGUGCAGGGUCCUUCCGGCCACGGGUAUUACCCGCCCCCUCAGAUGGGGCAUCAGAUGCUCCACGUCUCGUCCAAUUACGAAUACGCAUCACAUGGCAACGGGGGCGUCGUGACGCCAUCGAGCUCACGGUCCCACCACAGCGGCUCGAAACGCUCUCGAGAAGAUCUGAACCUCAAGGAGAAGAAGCGCAUGUUCAAGCUGAACGACCGCAUCAACCAGCUCAAGGACAUGCUGGACGAAGCAGGCGUGCAGACGAAGAAGAACAAGCAGUCGAUUCUGGACAAUGCGGCGCAUUACAUUGAGAUGUUGCGCAGUAAUCUGCUCAUUGCCAAGCAAAAGGCCGAGCGCGCCGAGAAACAGACGGAAGUCUUUCGCUUGCAGCAGUCAACGUGCAGUGCCGAUAAAGUCGUGCGGGGCGUGUUCCAGAAGUCCACGACGCCUCGCGUCGUGAUGGACUUGACGUUGCAGCCCAUUACGUUCAACAAAGCGUUCGUCACGCACACGGGGCUGUCGGAAAUGGCGCUGAAGCGGCAGAAGACGCUGCGGCCGUACUUGUGUGCGGAUCAGGACGAGCUGGAGAGUAUCGUGAAGAUCGUGUGCGAGACGAACCAGUCGAUCAGUACCGUGGUCAAGACGUCGGUGGAGGGAGAGAACGACGUGUCGGUGAAUCUCGUGGCUGCAGUCGUUACGGACGAUGCUGGGAAAGCGACGAACGUGGAGUUUAGUCUCAUUCCCAUCAAGACACAGCAACUCGAGACGGUGACAGGAUUGAUGCGGGUGAAAAACGAAGGCGCUCGGGAUGAAGCAGAAGAGAUGUCCGGGGCCGAAUCGCUGACCGACGGCGAGCCUUCGGACGACAACCCGCGGUUGUGA